CCUCACAUCCCCACGUGCAGCUGAGUCUCUCCUGAGCCUGAGCUCCAGUGACCUUCCUCAAACACCAUGGAUCCAGGCCAGCAGACCAGCUCUCUUCCCCAGUCCCCUGCAGAGGACUUUUCAUGGGACCACCGCCUUUAUCUUACUUGCCUGGGCUUUGCCUUCUAUGCAGGGAUAUUCCUCUUCUCCCACCUCCUGUCUGUGGCAUUGUCCCACACCUACAACUCCCUGAUAGCUAAAGAGAAGGUUUUCUGGAACCUUGCAGCAACUCGGGCAGUGUUUGGCAUCCAGGGUACUGUAGUAGGUCUCCGAGCCCUGACUGAAGACUCGGCUUUAACCAGAGACAAAGUGAGGGGACAAGAAGACUGGUCGUGGUUCAAUAUCCUCACAGCCACAGGUUUUUUUGUGUUUGAAAAUGUAGCACUUCACACCUCCAAUGUGGUAUUUCGGUCAUUUGACCUCCCACUGGCGACACACCAUUUCUUUGCCCUGUCCGGAUAUGCAGGGGCGUUGGUGUGGGAUUCCAUGGGCCACUUCCUGCCAAUGGUUACACUGCUGCUAGAGAUGAGCACGCCAUUCACCUGUAUGUCCUGGAUGUUGCUGAAGGCUGGCUGGGCACGCACCCUGUUUUGGAGAGCCAACCAGUGGGUGAUGAUCCACACAUUUCACUGUCGCAUGGUGCUCACUUACUACAUGUGGUGGAUAAGCCUCACCCACUGGGAAGAUCUCAGCACCCAUGUGGUCUUUCUCCUGCGCUUGAUCUUCUUCACUGGCCUUGCUCUACUAACGUGUGUCCUCAACCCCAUCUGGACGUACAAGAAGACCUUACAGCUGCUUAAUCCUGUGGACUGGAACUUUGGAAACAAGGUGGCACCCAUAAACAGUGCCACAGAGGGUCACUCCGAGGUUUCUGUCAAACCCCACACCAGCUGAGGCGUACCAAAGAAGGCACUUCCUAUCACAGGAGGCCGUAUUUUUGAAACAUUUUUUUUUUUAUUGGAUAAUGCGUGAAAUGACUUUUAGAGGCAUGAUAGUAAGAAAGGUGUUUUUUAAGAUUUUUCCAUUAUGCAUCUUGGUUUACACAUUAAGACCCUUGCGCUAAAAGUGAACUUUGCUAUUCAAAAAAGACCAGCAACAGGUAAAUCUUGAUUGUACGAUAUUGAUCAAGUGUGUUACAUUGUCUAACCUUUAGACUUUAUUUUCACAAUGUUUUAUGAUUUCUUUUUCUUUUUCCAGAGGUCAGAAUACAGAUUUCCCAUCUGGGUAUCUUAGCUUUUAAUAGGUAUAUGUGGUUGUGUAGAACAGUGAAAUGAGGGCCUGCUUGUUUUUGCCUGCAGGACACUGUGAAGUGAAAUACAUAUGUAUGCUACACUGUAUUACACAACAGUAACUAGAGCAUCCCAUAACGCUUGAGAAGAUAUUGCAUUAUAUGUCUUUGUCUACACACAAGUCAAAUCCAGUGGAUCUCUCAGUUAAAAGAAGCCUGGCUUACUGUGCGGGGACACAGUAUGAGGCGGAGAGGAGAGGUUAUGCGCUUUCUCAUUAAUCAUCAAACAACCUAGUAGUUAAGUCACAUCGAGGAUUUAGUCUUUGUCAUCCACAGCCCUAUUGGUGCAGGCAUGGUUGUCACCACUGCAUGGGCAUCGCAAGAAUGUCAAUUGGUUUAAAGAAUUAACUUCAAUAUGUUACCAUAGGUAGUCAUUGGAGCUAUUGCAUAUAAAGUGGAAAAUUGGUUCAGUUUAUUCAUUGGUGACUUUAGACUGUGAAUCCUCUCUCAGUAGUAUGGGGAAAUAUUUAUCAUGGUCAAGAAAGAAGAGAUUUUUAACACAAUUGUCUUUAUUUGUGGGAGAACAUGUAGGACUGGUCCGCUCCACAAAGGCUCUAUUGUCUACAAUGGAGAGGUGAUGUGGCAUAACUGAAGCAGUAUUGAUACACAUUAACAAAGUGACAGAUUGAACACGAUGGUGUUGUUUUUGUAUUAUUAGUAUAAUAAAGUUAUUUAUAAUUACGCAACCUCAGAUUUUGCACACAAUGGCUUCAUUGUACAGGAAGCCUUGGUCUUGUGUAUUUGGUUUGUCCAUUGUUAUGUCUUGCAUCAAAGUUUUGGUUUGUUAUUCUGAUGCAAACUUACAAUUUCUCACAUUUCUCAGUGUUUUGUUUGCAACAGCAUUACUACUGUAGCUCAUAUGGCUAACUGAAAAGUAUAAAGCUGGGUUUUAUUCAUCAUCUACAAAACUGUAACCUGCCUCACAAAACGGAUGACUGAGAUGACGCUACAAUUUGUUCCGUUGAGUGGAUUGUUUUGUACUUUUUUGUACAUCUUACAACCUCAGCAACUGAAUCAACAUUAAUAAGUUUGGAUCAAAAUGUAUUAAUAACAUGAGUACUUACUUUUAUAUAUCUCUUUAUAACAGAUAUGACAAUAUUUUCUCACUAACUGUACAUGUGGUCUAAUUUAUUAGUAAAAAAACAAUAUAAGACACUGUCAAAUUUUUACAUUAUUUAAUUUGUCUAACGGCAUAGAGGUAACAUUAUGGGAUGGGUGGAGGAUUCCCUGUAAGAUCUAAGGUUUAACAUCUUGUGUGUGUAACCAUUAAUAUAAUUUAGUUUGAGUCACAAAAUAAAAUGUUGGCUCAUA